ACUUUGAUCUCUUUACGCAACUAAAGUCCAUGCAUUCCCCUAUAUAUACACGACUUAGCAGCAAAGCUUAAUUCAAGUAUAUCUAAACCAAGUUUAAAAUCCACUAAAAACCAAUGAAAAUGCAAGCAGUUCUUGUGAUCUUGGUUUUCUCCGGUUUAAUCUCGGUUAAGACAACGUUAGCAGCACAACAUGUGAUCGGUGGUAGCCAAGGCUGGGAACAAUCCGUUGAUUUUGAUUCUUGGUCUUCCGAUCAAUCUUUCAAAGUCGGCGACCAACUAGUUUUUAAGUAUUCAGGACUACACAGCGUUGUUGAGCUGGGAAGUGAAACGGCAUACAAGAGUUGUGACCUGGGAACACCUGUCAAUUCGUUGAGCUCUGGAAACGACGUCGUGAAGCUAUCCAAAACCGGUACUCGUUAUUUCGCCUGUGGAACCGUUGGACACUGUGAACAAGGCAUGAAGAUCAAAGUCAACGUUGUCUCUUCUGACUCCAAAUCCGCUUCCUCUCCGGGUUCCGGUUCGGAUUCAGGUUCGGGUUCGGAAUCUAGUUCGGGUCAUGGGUUACGGGCUUCUAUUGGAUACAUUUUCGUUGUUGGAUCAUUGGUUAUUGGUCUCAUUUGGGCUUACUGAGAAUUUUAGGCUUUUGUAAUGUACCGAGGAUUUAUAUAUUCGUUGGGGAGAGAAUAAAAUAUUUUGGGAAUGAUUGAUUCAUUCGUAUUUGUUGUUGUUGUUGUUGUUUGUUGAAUAUACUGUAUUUGUUAUUUUGUGAAUCGUUAUGUAGUUCGGUAUUAUUGCGUUUCUGAUCUUAUUCUAUAUACCUUGUUUAUCA